AUGCACAGCAUCAAGUUCCUUGCUUUGGCCUUUAUUGGCAUUGCUGCAGCAGCCCCUACAGCGCAUGUCCACAACACCGAAGAACCCGGCCCAGGCUAUGGCCUGAAGGUCCGCGAGGCUCACGUUCAUGUCACCAACGCUGAAGAACCAGGCCCCGGAUAUGGACUCAAGAUCCGAAGUGGAGAGCAUGUUCACAACGCUGAGCCACCUGGCCCUGGCUACGGGCUUAAGGUUCGAAGCGGAAACCAUGUUCACAAUGCUGAAGAGCCUGGUCCCGGCUACGGACUUUAGUCAAGCUGCAGUACCUUGAGAAAGAACUAUUGAUGGAAAAGAAAAGUUCAACGGUAAUGGGCAAACUGUU